GAAUGUGAGUUCGGCAGGAGAGGAGGCUCGGCGGCGCAUGAGAGAAUGCGAGGGUCUGACUGACACGCUGCUUUUCGUCAUCCAGACUUCCCUCGGAAGCAGCGAGAUUGAUAGCAAGACCAUAGAAAACUGUGUAUGCAUUUUGAGGAACCUCUCGUAUCGGCUUGCAGCUGAAACGUCUCAGGGACAGCAGAUGGGGACGGACGAGCUGGAUGGCCUCCUCUGUAGCGAUGCCAGCGGGAAGGACGGAGAGACCUCAGGCUGCUGGGGAAAGAAGAAAAAGAAGAAGAAGUCCCUGGACCAGUGGGAUGGUGUGGGACCGCUGCCAGAUACUGCUGAGCCCCCCAAAGGCAUUCAGAUGCUGUGGCAUCCUUCGAUAGUAAAGCCCUACCUCACCCUCCUGUCUGAGUGCUCAAACCCGGACACGCUGGAGGGGGCCGCCGGGGCACUGCAGAACCUGGCUGCUGGGAGUUGGAAGUGGUCGGUGUACAUCCGUGCGGCGGUGAGGAAAGAGAAGGGUCUGCCCAUCCUCGUGGAGCUGCUGAGGAUAGAUAACGACCGUGUGGUGUGUGCCGUCGCUACCGCACUCAGAAACAUGGCCUUGGACGUCAGAAACAAAGAGUUAAUUGGUAAGUAUGCCAUGCGGGACCUGGUGCACCGUCUUCCGGGUGGGAGCAGUGCUAGUGGAAGCAGCGGGGGUACGGCAAACAGCACAGCGGGUAAAACCAUGUGCGAUGACACCGUUACGGCUAUAUGUUGUGCCCUACACGAGGUCAUCACCAAGAACAUGGAGAACGCCAAGGCCUUACGAGACGCCGGGGGCAUUGAGAAACUCAUCGGUAUUGCUAGGAGUAAAGGAGAUAAACACUCACCUAAAGUGGUAAAGGCAGCAUCUCAGGUUCUCAGUAGCAUGUGGCAGUACAGAGAUCUCCGGAGCCUUUAUAAGAAGGAUGGCUACUCGCAGUAUCACUUUGUUGGCUCUGCCUCAACAAUAGAGAGAGACAGACAGAGACCGUACUCAUCCUCACGCACUCCGUCAGUAUCUCCGGUCCGGACAUCCCCUAAUAACCGAUCAGGUGAGUGUAUAUAUUUAUCUUUCCCAACAAUGAUAACUUAGACAUUUUGAUCUGAAGUGCUGAAAUAGAGAGUCACUGUCCGUGGUCCUGAAGUCCAAGAUCUUCAGCCUGGAUUUAAAGCAAUUACAAACAGCAGCUUGAUUCUCUCUUUAACCCUGAUAGAAUCCUAUUAAACUGAUGGGGAUUUCUCAGUGCGUCCUGGGACUCAGGGUUAAUGAUCCAGACUACUGUUGGGGUUAGUGGAUUCAUGGCCGGCUGGUGGUGCCUCUGAUACCUUUUCCGGUGGACUUAGCAUCUCGCUGAAGCAGAAAAGUACUUUUCCCAGAUUCAGA